CUGAUUCGAGAUCAGUUUUUCUCAAAGUCAAGGCCGCAUUUUCAGUGUUUGCGGUUCGUAUUGAAGUUGGGUAGGCUGAUCUUGGAUCAGUUGCUCAGGGCAAAAUACAUGCCGCGCAAGCAGUGUUGUCAUGGCGGCGUUUUAAACUGAACGUUGGGGAAGUUUACCUAGUAAUCACAAGCUAGCAAGCGGCCGCAAGUUUUAAUGUAGCUAUUGACCUAUCUAGCUAUAUACAUUACUGAAGUAAUAAACUUUCAUUCUCUGCUAAAUUCCUAUUUAAUUGCGUAUUAGCUUUAUAUUUUAAAAGAGCUAACUGUCCAUGCUAGCUAGUAAAGUAAGUUAACGUUGUAUUAGCUCGUUUUACUUGGCUAGACUAACUAACAGGCUGAGGGAGAUUUUUCCUCUCAGUAUGUUUGCUUGCCAACAAACAAUUGUGCAUCUGACAAGAGGAUGCCUUGCAAAUAAGCUAAUUUAGGCGGUAAGCUAGGGUCCUAGCAACAGGGUGAAUUAAAUGUUUCGUAGCUGCUGGCUAGUAAGCUAUGAUAACUAAAAUUACCUAGCUAGCUAGCUAGCGAUAAGGUAUGUAUUUGGACGAAUGUUAAAUAUUACAUCAACGGUAAUUGCCGUUUCUUCAGUAUUUCUUCACGUAAGGCACAAUAGCGAACAGGUAGCUAACUAAGACAGAAACAUGACUGGCAAGUUUCGGAUACGAUCCCAGCUGACCUGCGUUGAUGAGCUGGGCCAUUUAAAUGGCUCUUGGGUCGCCUCUGGUUCGGCUCAGACUCGGAAUGAGGGAUAUCCACAGACUCAGUUGCUCUUUAACAAGGCCCUGCCAGCCAGUACCUCGAACCGCGUGACCCAUGUGAACCCCCCGGCGCCCAUUGUAAUCGAGAAGCUGGUCACGGGGCGUACGUCGCAGAACGGCAGCGACAGCGUCCGUAGCUCGCUCUGCUUCUCCGCCCUGUCAGAGGAGCGGCUGCAGGCGGCAGUCAGGCUGGCCCGGAGGGACCUGCAGCGGAGACGGCAGGAGUCCAUCCUGGGCUCCCCCCCGCAACAGACACCCCAGGGCGCAGACCACCGCAAGCUGAAUAAAGCUGUUAGUGCAGGAGGUGCAGCAGGCCCAAAGGGGACCCGGUCUGGAGCCCAGGUUCUGCUGUACACGCCGCAGAAGCUUCCCUUACCUCCCGGCACUGAGCUCGGCCUGUCCCCCCCGACCCGAGACUCAGGCCCUCAGCCCAAAGCCUCUGGCCAGGAGGCCAAGCUCAGUCAAGAGAUCUGCAGGCUGCAGAAAGAACUGGGGACCUACAUUCAGAGGAUUGAACAGCUGGCUAACAGAGGACAGCAUGUGGAGGAGCGAUUGGACCCAGAUGAGGAGCGUCGAGUGGAGAUCCGCAGACAGGAGCAGGCAGCCCGCUCUGCUCGUAUUAUAUAUGUGCUCCAGCAACAGGUGAAAGGGAUUCAAGAAGAUUUAGACAAGCUGCGCUCACAGAAGAUAAAGCAUACAAAAAAGUCCAGAGCAGUGGACAGGCUAGCCGCGGCUCACAGAGGGGCCGUCCGAGCCAUACAGGUCUUCAUCAGUCAGCUACCCGACCAAUCGGAGAGGAAGAUGCCGUCCCAUUACAGGGAGCUGGGGCAGCUGAUUCGCCAGCUGUCUCUGUGUUCGGCCAAGGUGGAGGCGGGGCUGGGGUCCUCCGUUCCCGAGACGGCUAUCGACAUCCUGCAGAAAGUGGAGGCCCUGGACUCUGCCCUCACUAAGCAGGAGAGAGGGAGGCCCAAAGAGCCGAGGGCGAGCAGCAGCUCUCCAGCGAGGCGCAGGUCCCCCGGGGGCCGACAGCACAGCGCCUCCCCUCCCCGAGCGCCGAGAGCGUCAGCCGCCAGGGGCCCCGCCGGGCCCCGCAGACCCGCCGCUCUUAAAAAGAAUCUGCCAGACAGGAGAUUGCCAGCAGCCUGGCCUGACGGUCCUCUGAACCGAGAUGAGGUGCUGAGGGCGGGGCUGGACAGACUCAUUCGUGCCCGAGGACUCGGGGGCGGGGCUUCCAGGAGUCACAGAGGCCCCCCGCAGCCUGAGAAGCCCAAGAAGCGCACACCCUUGAACGACGGAAGGUUGCAGAAACCAACGGUCUCGUCCCGUCUGAAGGAGGCCCAGAUGCAGCAGAAAGACGCCUCCAUCCCCUGGAUACCCACAUCUCCACACGCCUCUCCUCCACAGCUAGCCCAGCCCCAGCCCAGGAGCAUGGAGCCCCGGUGUCUGUUCUCCCAGCUGAAGCAGUCCGCGGGCCAGGGGGAGCAGCGAGGCCCCCCCAGCCCCCCCAGCGCCCCUGGGGCCCGGGGCCUGGACGCGGAGCAGAGGAGAGAAGCGCACAGUGAAGCUGUCCGGCAGGCGUGGGUGGAUAAGGAGACCACGCGCAGGCUGAGGGAGCUGGGCCAGCUCAGUAAGGAGGAGUCCGAGCGGAUCAACAGACUCAGGGAAGAGGUGGGCUCCCCGACACUCUGGGCACAGAGAGCAGAGAGUGAAGCUCGUGACAGACUUCAGCCUCUGCUGACUCAGGCACAGCAGAUCCGGGAGUCCUGGGACAGAAAGGCUGGAUCACUGAGGCAUCGGCUGUGUGAACAGGCUACUGACAGAGCUGCAGUAAACGCAGAGCUGCUGAGCGAGGCCAUACUGGAGGAUGUGCUGGAGGACACGGCUCAGGCCCUGUGGGCUGCAGAGAGGAGCAGGGACCUGGAGCAGGGAGCUCUACAGCUGCUGCAGGCCCCUACACUGGAGAGCAUGCUCCUUAGGAUGGAGGAGAUGGAGAAAGACCAGGAGGCGGUGCGUCUGCGCUUAGCCGGCAUUUCAUACUCCAACCUUCUGUUCAGCGCAAAGGAUGAUGGGACAGCUCCAGACCCCAGGCCGUCCUCCCCCCGGCCCCUGCGUCUCACCAGGCCGGCCCUGCGGGGCGGGACUGCUGCCGACAUUGUGCUGGAGGGCCCUGUGGAGGCCGGGGCUGCUUUUGAGUCCUCUCUGAGUGAGGACACCUCCCCCUUGCCAAGCCCUACUAAACCAGCGGACCCACCCACAGUAGAGAGAGGCGGAGCCAUCCCACUGUCCCUGCCAGUCAGCAUGCAGAGAAGCAUGCUGGCGUACAGGCAGGAUUUUGAGUCAUACCUGCGUCUGGUGUCUCACGAAGCUGUGGGCAGUUUCAAUCCCUGGGCCAUCGCUGACAGGAUCAACAGUGCAUCAAACGCAUCACCUCUGCUGUAUGUUGUGUCCUCAUUAUCUCCCAAUCCUGUCAGUCAUAACCUUUGGCAAUUGGCAAUCCUGAUAAGCUUGUUUUACAUUAAUCAUUAGCCUGAGCUAAUUUGAUCCCCAUAUCAUUGUGCAACAAACAAAUAAAAGUAAUAAAAGUUUCAACAUUGUCACGAACCUCGUAUUUUAAAUUAAAAAUGAAAAUGUUCAAUAGUAAAAAAUGUUCAUUUUUAUCUGAAAAAUAACUUAUGCAGCUGCAUAAUAUUAUCUGCCUGGUGACUCUCUUGUAUGUCCCCCACAAUGUGUACUGCACAGUUAAAACCAAUAUGUCCCAGGUUAAAAUGCAUACUGUACAGUUGGGACCAAUAUGUCUCAGGUUAAAAUGCAUACUGUACAGUUGGGACCAAUAUGUCCCAGGUUAAAACAUGUAUUGCCUAUUGUGAGCUUUAUGGUGAAUUGCAGUAUUUGUGUGAUCUUCUAUGUCUCUUUCAUAUUGGUAUUGGUCUCCACAGUAACGUUUUAAGUCUUUUUGGUGCAUUUACGUGCAUUUACGUGCAUUCACACAGUACAGCCUCUGCUGCAGCAGAUUAUUCUCAGAGCUGUCACUUGAGAUUGCCCAUGAUGUCACUCCCACCAACCAUGCUGUGCAUUGGAAUUGGGUUUCAUUUCAAAUGAUCUCAGUUCAGUGCAUCAAAGAAGCCUAUGUGAGAUUCCUGAGAGUCUGCAGCUUCUUGUUCUGCUGCUUUAAUGCCUAGCCUAGCAGCCUUUAUGCAGAUUUUAAGGGGUGUCAUGGCAACAGUGGCGCGGCAGUCGUAUUCUAUUGUUGCGUUACCCUUCAUACGUCCAGAGUUUGGCAAAUUGGGAAGUUUCCCCUGUGUCAGCCGUCCACUAAUAAGGGCAACUACAGUGUGGACUGCCAGUAUAACCCGUGGGAGGUUUAUUAGUGCAUACAAACAGCAGUAAGGUGACCUUAGAUAGGCCUCUGGGAGACUGUUUAAAAUGGCAUGAAGAGAUCACACUAACUAGAAACCCUUGCAUGUUUACUAGCCUACCUGACUGUCCUAAACUCUCAGAACAUUAAACAACAACAAAAAAUUUUUUUUGGUGCAGUUUCCCAGUUAUGAAAAAACAAUGGCAAAUGCCUAAAUGUUCUGGAAAAUAAUGAAUUGUCCUAUUAAAUUUUUCUAGUGUGAGGUUAUCGGCCAAAAGUACAGCAGACUGGAGCUGGUGAGGACAGUAGAGGCUGAGAAGUCUCUGGGUUAAUGCUUUGGUGUGUCUAGCUUUGAACCUUUCUCUGAAAGUUAACUUUAGCAGGUGAGCAGGUUAGGAUUUUGGGAAUAAGAUCCCCAUCACUUGGGUGGAGGCCCUUUUAUGUUGCACCUAGAUGAGCCCCUGACUGACUGCAGCUGGUGGUGAGUAUAGAGGACAGCUGGCUUCUGCUGAACUACUGCUGCAAUCACUGUGGCACUGGCAGUGCUCAACCAUGCUGGGCCGCUGUCCAUGGUGCUGAACCACCUUGGGCCACUUCGUGGUGGUGAAUCCCUUUUGGACACUGUCCAUGGUGCUGAUUGUGGAACAUGGGAGAUACUGAGAGAUAAGUUGAGUGGGGUGGGGUGGGCCUGGGCAGGGCAGAGCAAAGUAAGCACUCCAUACACCCCAGUGGAAACUAAAAGGAUUUGACUGGCCUCAGGAAAUUCCAUAAAUGGGCCAAAGGAGAGGCUUUUAGAGUAGUUUUCUUCUCUCUGGUGUCAGUGAAACACACUGCUUAAAUUGGCUGUAAAAUAAGCUUUCUCCCAGAGGGGUGAGCUUCCUCUACAUCUGCCUUAUUACUCUGAACAUAUGGCAAGAGAGAGCGAAUCUCUCUCAAAUACUCUUCUAGACUGUUAUUACUGUCUGUUUAGUAAGGAUCUCUGUACCUAUCUGUCUG